AUGUCUGCCAGCUCUGCCUUCAAUGAUGAAAAGGGGGGCUCCUCGAGCGUCGGGGAGCCCGAAUACGGCCACGACCCAGCUAGCGGAGGGAUUUUUUCCUCCGACUACAAAAGGCAUGAUGACUUGAAGGAGAUGCUGGACAGUAACAAAGACUCCCUGAAGUUAGAGGCAAUGAAGAGAAUUGUAGCUAUGAUUGCCAGAGGUAAAAACGCAUCAGACCUUUUCCCUGCAGUAGUAAAGAAUGUGGCAUGUAAGAAUAUUGAGGUAAAGAAGCUGGUGUAUGUGUACCUGGUACGCUAUGCUGAAGAGCAGCAGGACCUGGCACUGCUCUCCAUAUCCACUUUCCAACGUGGACUGAAGGACCCAAACCAGUUGAUAAGAGCCAGUGCCCUUCGUGUGCUCUCCAGUAUAAGGGUGACCAUCAUCGUGCCCAUUAUGAUGCUGGCCAUCAAAGAGGCCGCAUCUGACAUGUCCCCCUAUGUCCGCAAGACAGCAGCACAUGCCAUCCCUAAACUCUACAGUCUGGACCCUGAGCAGAAGGAUCAGCUGAUUGAGGUUAUUGAGAAGUUGCUUGCUGACAAAACCACAUUGGUCGCUGGCAGUGUUGUCAUGGCCUUUGAGGAGGUGUGUCCAGAACGUAUUGACCUGAUCCAUAAGAACUACCGUAAGCUGUGUAACCUGUUGAUUGAUGUGGAGGAGUGGGGCCAGGUGGUUAUCAUUAACAUGCUCACACGCUACGCCAGGACCCAGUUCCUCAACCCUAAUAUCAACGAAUCUCUUUUGGAGGAGAGUGGAGAGAAAGCCUUUUAUGGCUCCGAUGAUGAGGAGGGGAAAGAAGAGAAAGCCGAUGCAGCUGCGCUGGCAAAGAGGAAGCCUUAUGUCAUGGACCCUGACCACCGGCUACUGUUGAGAAAUACCAAACCACUACUCCAGAGCCGCAAUGCAGCAGUGGUGAUGGCUGUGGCUCAACUGUACUUCCAUUUGGCGCCUAAGGCAGAGGUGGGCGUCAUUGCUAAGGCUCUAGUCCGGCUGAUGAGGAGUCACAGUGAAGUCCAAUAUGUUGUCCUACAGAAUGUUGCAACCAUGACCAUCAAGAGAAGGGGUAUGUUUGAGCCUUAUCUGAAGAGUUUCUACAUCCGCUCUACAGAUCCAACCCAGAUCAAAGUCCUUAAGCUUGAGGUUUUGACAAACCUGGCAAAUGAGACAAACAUAUCUACUAUACUGCGGGAGUUUCAGACUUAUAUUAAAAGUAUGGACAAGGACUUUGUGGCUGCCACCAUCCAGGCCAUUGGUCGUUGUGCCACCAACAUUGGCGAAGUGAGGGAUACCUGCCUUAAUGGCCUGGUUCAGCUACUCUCCAACCGCGAUGAGUUGGUGGUAGCAGAGUCGGUAGUGGUGAUCAAGAAGCUUCUUCAGAUGCAGCCUGAACAGCACAGUGACAUCAUCAAGCACAUGGCCAAGCUCACUGACAACAUCCAGGUCCCCAUGGCGCGAGCCAGCAUCCUGUGGCUGAUAGGAGAGUACUGUGAGCAUGUGCCCAAGAUUGCCCCAGAUGUUCUUAGGAAGAUGGCAAAGACCUUCACCAAUGAGGAGGACAUUGUCAAACUGCAGAUCAUUAACCUGGCGGCCAAGCUCUAUCUAACCAAUUCCAAACAAACCAAACUGCUUACCCAGUAUGUGCUCAACUUGGCGAAAUAUGACCAGAACUAUGACAUCCGCGACCGGGCACGCUUCAUUCGCCAGCUCAUUGUGCCCACAGACAAGAGCGGCGCCCUGAGCAAGUACGCCAAGAAGCUCUUCCUCGCCCUGAAGCCUGCCCCUGUCCUCGAGUCUCCGUUUAAAGACAGAGAUCACUUCCAGCUGGGCUCCCUGUCUCACCUCUUGAACACCAAGGCUGGUGGCUACCAGGAGCUGCCCGAUUGGCCAGAGUCGGCACCAGAUCCCUCCGUGCGCAACGUGGAGGUGAAGGAUUCUGUUCCUGAAUGGACCAAAUGUACCAGCAGGGAGAAGAGGAAAGAUAAAAAAGUGGAGAAACCAUUCUACUCAGACUCUGAGGGCGAGUCAGGCCCCACAGAAUCAGCUGACAGUGAAUCCGACUCGGGCAGCGCCUCGGAGAGCGGCAGUGAGAGUGGCAGUGGCAGCGAGGAGAGUGGGUCUGAGUCUGGGAGCGAGGAGAGCGAAGAGGACUCUGAAUCUGAGGAAGAAGAACGGGACGAGGAGGAAGAAAAGAAAAAGAGAAAGAAAAGACCUGACAAAAGCAAAGCAAAGAAAUCCCUACAGGAAAGUGCAGAGAGCUUUCGGAGUAAGAAACGAGUGAGGAAGAGCAAGGAGAGGAGGAGUGGCUCAGAGUCAGAGAGUGAGGAAGAGGAGGAAAGUGAGUCAGAGAGUAGUGAGUCAGAGUCCGAGUCAGAAGAGGAGUCAGAGUCAGAGACAGACAGUAAGAAGACAAAGAAGGCACCUGCAUCAAAACCGCCUCCAAAGCAAACCAAAAAAGAGAGCAAGAAAGAGAAGAAGGAAAUUUCUCUUCUAGAUCUUGAUGACUUUGAAACAACGCCCAUUGAAGUGACUCCAGUCAACAACUUCCUGUCCAACAGCUUGGUGACAGACUUGGAGGGUUUGUCCUUGACAGACACAGUCAUGAAUCCUACGACCAUCGCCCCCUCUGGAGCAGUGAAGACCUAUGAGCUUCUGCACCGUAUAACUGGGGAGGGUUUAGCAGUGGAGUACUGCUUCAGUCGACAACCCUUUGGACCUGACCCACACAUGGUGGCUGUCCAGAUCCAGUUCACCAAUAACACCAGUUCUGAGACCAAGAACCUACACAUGGAGGAACCCAAACUGCUGUCUGGCAUGAGGAUCAAAGAGUUCCCGGAGAUUGAGGUGCUGCCACCAGGUGAGAGUGCUACUGUGGUGAUGGGCAUUGAUUUUUGUGACUCAACACAGGCAGCCAACUUUCAGCUCUGCACUCACACCAAGAAGUUCUUCGUGUCAAUCCAGCCACCGGUAGGAGAGCUGAUGAUGCCAGUCUUUCUGACAGAAAAUGAGUUCAAGAAAGAACAAGGUAAGCUGAUGGGCAUGAAUGAGAUCACAGAAAAGCUGACACUGGGUGAGAAAUGUCAGAGUGAUCACGCCAUCGUCCAGAGGGUCACAUCAGCAGCCAACGUCAGCAGGGUGCCCUGCGGCUCAGACAAGGAGUGCAGGUUUGCAGGGAAAACAGUCACCAGUGGGAGCCUGGUUCUGGUUACCGUGGUGACAAAGGAGGAACGUGCCGCCCAGCUCACUGUCAACUGUGAGAAGAUGGUGAUUGGCACGAUGCUAGUUAAGGAUAUUCUCCAAGCCCUGACGCAGUGA